AUGGAUACCGAAGAGGAUACCUUCACUUCGGUCACAUGGGAGAACCGUGACACCUCGUCGGGCUCCCAACCCGUCUUUUCCAGCACCCCCUCCUUCAGCAACAACAAUGCCAUCGCAGGUCCAUCUCACUUGGGUCCCUCUUCCUCUGCAAACGCACUCGCCCGCGACGUUCAUGCAUCGGACGAUCCAACCCAGCUCUCCUGGGCUGGCUACCUCAUGGUCCAAGUCCUCGAGCCACGCAAAGAACUCGAGGGUCAGAAAGAUGCCUUCAUCAGCUACGGCAUCCGCGCCGAGACCAACCUUGCUCACUUCUCCCGCACCUACAUGGCCACCCGUCGCCGCUUCAACGACUUUACUUUCCUUCGCGAAGGUCUCAAGCGAGACUUCCCCGCUUGUGUCGUGGCGCCAUUACCAGACAAGCAUCGACUCGAGUACUUGACUGGCGAUCGUUUCAGCCCCGAGUUUAUCGAGCGACGCACGCAAGACCUGCAGCUCUUCCUUGAGCGCAUCUGUCGCCAUCCUACGCUGCAACGUAGUCAGCUCCUUCGCAGCUUCUUGGAGAGCGCCGAAUGGCAAGUCGAUAUGCAUGCGCACAACUCGUCGCACAGCGGCUCCAAUUCGGCAUCCGGUGCCUCGGCGCUCAUCUCAGGAUCGCAGGUUGAAAAUGCCGGCCCGCCGAGCUUGCUAGACAGCCUCAGCGAUCAUUUCCUCAACGCCUUUUCCAAGGUACGCAAACCCGACGAACGUUUUGAAGAAAUCAGAGAGAGCAUCGACAAGCUCGAAGAAGGUCUGGCAGGUACAGAAAGGGUGCUCUCGCGCAACAGGAAUCGCAUAGCUGCUCUGCCGUUUGGCGACGUCUAUGCUCCCCAACUCGGAACCGCCCUUGAAGAUUUGUCGACUGACUACGAGGAUUUCGCUACAAGCAUCGAGGGGCUGGGCUAUCUCGAGAGUGGCAUCACCGAGCCGCUCAACAAGUUCGCAUCCGCCAUGCUCGAGUUUGCUCGGCUGGAAAGAGUCACUUCUGCAAAGUCAAGCGACGCUAUGCUGUCGCAGAUGCAAGCCCUGCUCUCGUACGCACGCUCGCACAAGUCUGUGCUCAAGCUGCGCGAUACCAAGCAGGUCGAUUUCGAGGAACUCACCGACUACCUCUCUGGCGUCGUCUCGGAGCGCGAUCGUCUCGCCUCGCUCUCCUCCCCCUAUGGCGCCGGCCACGGACACGGCGGUGUUAGGGGAGCUGGCAUCUCGGGCUACCUCAAGGACAAGGUCGACCACCUGCGCGGGGUCGACGAAGAGCGCACACGCGUAGGACGCAUGCAGAGGCUGGAUGGCAAGAUCAAGGAGCUGCAGGACGCCGUCACCAGCGCGCACGAUACCAGCCAGGCUUUCAACGCCGAGGUCAUGUCCGAGCAUAGGAUCUUCCAUCUGGCUAAGGAGCAGGAGCUCAAGGACAUCCUUGCGACCCAUGCAGAUGGCCAGAUCGAGCUGUACUCGGGCUUGGUAGGGUUGUUUGACCAGUUGAUUCCUCAGUUGGAGCGCAUCCGGGUGGCGUAG